AUGCGGGGAGGAGCACUCGAACCCUCCUCGCCAGCCUCACCUUCCACUCGAGCUCGGGCAGCCGCCGCCGGCCGGCUCCGCGAGCCGCCGAGCCGGCCGCCGGCGGCCAGCCUAUCGCGCGCUUGCUGCCUCGCCAGCCCGAGCCCAAGCCGGUGGCCUGUGUGCGGCCCUUAUCCGAGCGCCGGCGCUGCCAACCGUUUGGAUGAAACCCCAUCUGCCGAAUUCCCAGUACCGCCGGCGUCCUCCCCAGCCGACUGGCCCGCCGUCGCCGAGGCACCGCCGCAGCCGCUGCUUGCUCCCCAUGUCAGCCACAUUUGGCGCCGAGCCCCAUGGCGAGGAGGCCAGGGUUGCCAGCUGCCCAGCCCAGCAUGCCACGCCACGCAGCCUGGAACCUCUCCCGCCGGCGCCUCCGACCCCGAGCACCCCACUUGCCCGCCGGUCGCAAGCGCCGGCCUCGUGCGAGCCGCCGCCGCCGGCCAAGACGCCCGCCGCCCCGUCAGUCUGCGCAACCGAGCCGAGCUCGGGUGGCGGCUAUUAUCCGAGCUACAGAACGGGCCACGCUGGCUGGUUAGCGCGAAUACCCCUCCGUCCCCCGGACCGUCCUGCAGCCCGCACUCGGCGCGGCGUGCCCGGAGCUCCCCGGCCCUCCGCGCGUGGCCGCCUGAAACCGGCGCGAGCUCGUAG